GUAUAUUAACCUAAAACACAACCCAUUUAGAAAGAAAUAUAGGUAGGGUUUUUUCUUUGAAGUAAUCCAAAGAAAGAACAACAACAAAAACACAGCGAGCAGAGCACAUCACUACUUCCUACUUCCGCCGUCACCAUGGGUCGCAUGCACAGUGGAGGUAAGGGUAUCUCUUCAUCUGCUAUUCCAUACAAACGCACUCCUCCAACUUGGCUCAAGAUUUCUUCACAAGAUGUGGAUGACAAUAUUUGUAAGUUUGCAAAGAAGGGUCUUACACCUUCUCAGAUUGGUGUGAUUCUUAGGGAUUCUCAUGGUAUUGCUCAAGUUAAGAGUGUUACUGGCAGCAAAAUUCUUCGUAUUCUUAAGGCUCAUGGUCUUGCUCCUGAAAUUCCCGAGGAUCUCUACCACCUUAUCAAGAAGGCUGUGGCUAUUCGUAAGCAUUUGGAGAGGAACAGAAAGGACAAAGACUCCAAGUUUAGGUUGAUUUUGGUCGAGAGCAGGAUCCACAGACUUGCUCGUUACUACAAGAAGACAAAGAAGCUCCCACCAGUCUGGAAAUACGAGUCUACAACUGCCAGCACCCUUGUGGCUUGAUCUUGGUGGUUAAAAAUGAUGCUAGCUUCAGGGCAGGGUAGGGCUAGCUGGGUUAUGGUCAGAACUUUACCUUUUCCAUAGGAAGUGCUGUAGUCGGACUCGAGAUCUUCUAUUUCAUACUUGGUUAAUUUUUGUGCCGGAAGGCCUUCAAAAUUUAAUUUUGUUCUCUUGAGAUUUUGCUGAAUUUAUGAAAGUUAUAUCAUUAUGAA